CUCUCACACUGGCCUCUUCAAUAGUUCAAAACCUCUUCUUCUUUCUUCUCUUUCAAUCCACGUUUCUCAAUUCCAAAUCUUCAGCCUCUUCAAACUUCUAUAUAUAUAUAUAUAUGAUGCUCGCUUAUUAUGAGAUUUAGGUUCUAGAGUGUUUGGCUUGAUUGUAAUGUCACGCAAAUGCGAUGGCCAAGAAAAGAGCACAGACAUGUCCAAAACUGCCCAUGUUGAUGUUCUUGUUCCUGUUCUUGUUCUUCAAUCUUCGCAUGUUGCAUGGCGAGGAAUUAGAGCUUCUCUUAUCGUUCAAAGCUUCGAUCAACGACCCCUUAGGCUUUCUUUCCAACUGGACCUCCUCGGCCACUCUUUGCAAUUGGCACGGUAUAGCCUGUAACAACUCUUCUUCCUACGUUAACUCCAUCGACCUCUCCGGGAGAAACAUCUCCGGCAAAAUUUCCGCCUCUAUUUUCGAAUUAAAGUAUGUCGAAAAUAUCGAUCUCUCCAACAAUCAGCUCCUGGGAGAAAUUCCUCGAAAUUCAUUUUCCUGCCCUUCUCUUCGAUAUCUCAAUCUUAGCAACAAUAAUUUAACGGGACCGUUGCCAAGCAUUUCCAGUUCCCGCCUUGAAAAAUUAGAUCUCUCCAACAACAUGCUUUCGGGUAAAAUUCCAGACCGUAUAGGAUUGCUUUGGAGCCUACAAUUUCUUGAUCUGGGUGGAAAUGUUUUGGUCGGAAAAAUUCCAAAUUCUCUCUCAAAUAUCACACGUUUGCAAGUCUUGACUUUGGCUUCAAACAAACUAGUUGGCGGAAUUCCACGUGGAGUAGGCCGGAUGAAGAGCUUGAACUGGCUUUACCUUGGCUACAACAAUCUUUCCGGUGAAAUUCCUGCAGUGAUUGGAGAGUUGACUUCUUUAAAUCAUCUUGAUCUUGUCUACAACAAUCUCAGCGGAAAAAUUCCGUCUUCCCUCGGGAACCUCAGCAAUCUUCAGCAUCUCUUCCUCUACCAGAACAAGCUGACGGGUAAUAUUCCAAUAUCACUUUUCGAGCUUAAAAGUCUGGUCUCGCUUGAUCUUAGCGAUAAUUCCCUUUCGGGAGAGAUUCCGGAGCUGAUAAUUAAGUUACAAAACUUGGAGGUUCUCCAUCUGUUCUCCAACAACUUUACCGGAAAGAUUCCGGGCGCUUUAACUUCUUUGCCUCGGCUUCAAGUCCUCCAGCUAUGGUCAAACAAAUUAUCCGGCAACAUCCCCGAAGACCUCGGAAGAUGGAACAAUCUCACCGUACUUGACCUUUCCACAAACUCUCUCAUCGGAAAAAUACCCAGAAGCUUAUGCAACUCCGGUCGACUUUUUAAGCUCAUCCUCUUCUCUAAUUCUCUCCAAGGUGAAAUUCCUAAGAGUUUGAGCUCUUGCAAAAGCUUACGGCGAGUACGUAUCCAAAACAACCGUCUCUCCGGUGAAUUACCAUCAGAAUUCACGAAACUGCCGCUCAUAUACUUCUUGGAUAUCUCAGGCAACAAUCUUUCCGGCAGGAUCGACGGGCGAAAGUGGGAUAUGCCAUCUCUGGAAAUGCUGAAUUUAGCGAAAAACAAAUUUUCCGGAGAGUUGCCGGGCGAAUUCGGCAGUGACAAGCUUCUCAACUUGGACUUAUCCGAAAAUCAGUUUUCCGGUGAGAUUCCCCGGAGCUUUGGGAGAUUAUCAGAGCUGAUGGAAUUAGAGCUAAGCGGAAACGAACUCUCUGGUAAUAUUCCAGAAGAAUUGUCAUCAUCCCAGAAGCUUGUUCGUUUAGACCUCAGCAACAAUCAGCUCAGCGGCCAAAUUCCGAUCAGUCUCACUGAACUGCCAGCUCUCGGCCUACUUGAUUUGUCGGAAAACCAAUUGUCCGGAGAAAUUCCACCAAAUUUAGGAAGAGUGGAAUCCCUUGUACAAGUGAAUAUUUCUCAAAAUCAUUUCCACGGAAGCUUACCGUCCACUGGAGCAUUUCUUGCUAUAAAUGCCAGCGCGGUUGCCGGCAACAAUCUUUGCGGCGGCGAUGCUGCAAGCGGUUUACCGCCAUGCAAAAGAGUGAAAAGUCCCAUGUGGUGGUAUGUUCUCACUUGCUUUUUGGUUGUGUUAGCAAUGUUUGCUAUUGCUGCAAUUUUUAUGGUUUUCCUUGGGCGAAGAAAGGAAUUGGAGCUGAAAAGAGUUGAGAACGAAGAUGGAAUCUGGAAAAUACAAUUCUUUGAUGCAAAGUUUUCAAAAUCCAUUACAAUUGACGAUAUUUUAUCAUCGGCCAAACAAGAAGAUGUCAUCACCAACGGCAUGCAGUUCGUCGUGAAGGAAGUGAAUGGUGUCAAUUUAAAUGCCCCGAGUUUUUGGUCUGUUACCGCCAAAUUGGGUAAGCUUGAGCAUCCGAACAUUGUUCGGUUGAUCGGAAUAUGUGUGUCUGAAAAGGCAGGGUUUUUGGUUUAUGAGUAUGUGGAAGGGAAAAUUUUGAGUCAAAUUCUUCAGAAUUUGAGUUGGGAGAGGCGACGCAAAAUUGCGAUUGGGAUUGCGAAAGCGCUACAGUUUUUGCAUGGCUCCUGUUCGCCGAGUAUUCUGGUUGGAGACAUGUCGCCGGAGAAAGUUAUUGUCGACGGGAAAGACGAGCCUCGCCUGAGUUUGGGCCUUCCUGGGUUCACUUGUACGGACACCAAAUGCUUCAAUUCUUCGGCCUACGUUGCCCCAGAAAGCAGAGAGAGGAAAGAUCAGACGACAGAGCAGAGCGAUAUGUAUGGAUUUGGUGUGGUUUUGAUUGAAUUACUGACAGGAAAAAGCCCCACCGACAUGGAAAAAGGGGUGAACGAGAACAUCGUUGAGUGGGCCCGGUAUUGCUACUCCGACUGUCAUCUUGAUGGGUGGGUUGAUACGACGAUUAGGGGUCGAGACGCAACGAAUAAUCACAAGGAGAUGGUUGAAACCAUGAACCUGGCCCUCCACUGCACCGCCACUGACCCCACCGCUAGGCCAUCCGCUACCCACGUCUUCAAAACCCUACACUCUAUUACAACCCCGCCCAACUUCUUGUGUUUCAAUCCUUAACUUUUCUUGAAACUAAUUAAUUAGAUUUUUCCCUACCUACGUACCCUCCAUGAUUUUUGCCUACUUUUUCUUAAUUUCCUGUUCUUUUUUCUUUUUUUCUUUUUUCUUUUUUUUUUUUGCCCUUUUUAUAUAAGGUGUUAAAAUGAUUGUUACGUACGUACUCAAAUGCUUUUGUACUUUAAUGGUAUGUUUCACAUACUAGUGAGUGUAGAAAUGUAGAUAAACUAAAUGCCAUUAUAUGAAUUACUUGCAGCUUUUUCUCUA